AUGAUUUCUCAUAAUGUAUCUUUAUUUAAAUAUUAUGGAUUUAGAUUUUUUAAUUAUUAUCAAUUAAAACCACAACAUUACAAAUACGUCAAUAAUUUCACUCAGUUAUCAUAUUUUCAUAAACCAGCUCACUUUUUGUUCCUAUUUCGUUCUAUUUCAGAUGCAAAUCAACUAUUUAAAAAAAAUUAUAACACAUUCUCUAAUCCAAAUUGCUCUAUUGACCCAAAUAAAGGAUCAUCAAACUUAUAUAUUAUUAAAGAAAUAAGAAAAUAUUUGUGGCCUAAAGAUGAUUUUAAUAUAAAAGUUAGAGUGUGUUUAUCAUUAUCUUUACUUAUUGGAUCUAAGAUUUUAAAUAUUCAAAUUCCGUUUUUUUUUAAAAAAAUUAUUGAUUCUAUAAAUAUAAAUUCAUUAACAACUGAUGAAACUGCUUUGGCAAUUACAGGAUCUAUUAUUAUUGGGUAUGGUCUUGCUAGAAUUAGUGCAACUGCUUUUCAAGAAAUAAGAAAUAGUAUAUUCGCUACUGUUUCUCAAAAAGCUAUAAGGAAAGUAGCAUAUAACAUUUUUGAACAUCUUUUACAACUUGAUUUAAACUUUCAUCUAACAAGAAAAACUGGAGGAUUAACUAAAGCUAUUGAUCAUGGAACAAAAAGUAUAAGUUUUUUAUUAACGUCUAUGGUAUUCCACAUCCUUCCUGUAUCUUUGGAAAUAAUUAUGGUUUGUGGCAUUUUGACUUAUCAAUAUGGAUCACAUUUUGCAUUUAUAACUUUAACAACUAUGAUAUUAUAUACUAUUACUACUGUAAAAACAACAACAUGGAGAACAAAAUUUAGAAAAGAAGCUAAUAAAGCAGAUAAUACAGCUGCAACAUUAGCCAUGGAUUCACUUAUUAAUUACGAAACUAUUAAGUUAUCUGUUCCUUUAAAUUUCCUUGGAACUGUAUAUAGAGAAUUAAAGCAAUCAUUGAUAGAUAUGGAAACAUUAUUUAACAUACAAAAAAUUCAAGUUACUAUUAAAGAAUGUGAAAAUGCAAAAGAUUUAGAAUUUCAGAAAGGCGAAAUAAAAUUCGAAAAUGUUACUUUUGGAUAUUUACCAGAACAACCAAUUUUUGAAAACUUAAAUUUUACUAUUUAUCCAGGACAGAAACUAGCCAUUGUUGGACCAAGCGGUAGCGGGAAAUCAACCAUUUUGCGUUUACUUUUUAGAUUUUAUGAACUACAAAGUGGAAGAAUUUUAAUUGACGGACAAGAUAUUCGUCAUGUUACUCUUAGUUCAUUAAGGAACUCUAUUGGAGUUUUACCCCAGGAUACUCCUGUAAGUUGUUACUUUUGUUUGUAUUAUUUCUUACAAAAGCUUUUUAAUGAUACAAUUUUAAACAAUAUCCAAUAUGGAAAAAUAAAUUCAACUAUAGAAGAAGUUAUUGAAGCAGCUAAAACAGCCCAAAUACAUGAUACAAUCCAAAAGCUUCCAGACAAAUAUAAUACAAAAGUAGGCGAAAGGGGAUUAAUGAUUUCAGGCGGGGAAAAACAAAGGCUAGCAAUAUCAAGAUUACUUCUUAAAAAUUCUCCAAUUCUUUUUUUUGACGAAGCAACAUCAGCUUUAGAUAGCGAGAAUGAGAAAUCUCUUUUAAAUAGUAUUCAAAGUAUAUUAAGAAAAAAUAACAAAACUAGCAUAUUUAUAGCUCACAAACUUCGCACUAUUAUGGAUAGUGACAAUAUUAUUGUUCUCCAAAACAAAAAAAUAAUAGAAAGCGGUACACAUUACGAACUUAUUAAAAAACAAGGUCUUUAUAAAAAAAUGUGGAUAUCUCAAGAAACAAUUAACUAG